UUUCACCUUGUCGCGGUGGGGAGGCUUACGUUUAAAUCUUCAACAAUCCAGUUGCAGAUUUAAACAACCAAGUAAACCCAAAACAAAAAAACUAUGAAUGAAAACUAUGAAAAUGAACAAACAAACAGAUAAAAAUUCAGCGGGGAUAUACGCUAAAAAGUCGACAGGUAUCACGACUGUCGGCGAUGGCUUAGCUUUUUCACUAGAUGAAGAUGUUAAGUCGCCAGUGAUAAAAAUUAAACGUUUAAAAACAAAAGAUAUUUCAAAUGAAAAUAAAAAUAUAAAAGUCAUUAACGAUAGUAAAGAAAAUGAAAAAGAAAAUCAAGAUAUUAAAGAAGAAAACGAAAAUAAUGAUACAUUAUCAAAGACCGAUGUUCUUGAAUGUGAUGCAUCGAACGCUCUUAUCGAUGACGAUGUUAUAAUUGUAACAGAACCUACCACAGUAAUCGUACUAGAUAGUGAAGAUGAAAAUGAUAAGUCGCACGAAGAUUCUGAAAUUCAAAAUCAAGAGCCUGAACAUCACAUUGACGACGAUAAGAACGGGGAGUCGCACCAAGAUCAUGAUAACCAAAAUGUCGAAGAGUCUGAACAUCACAUAGACGAUAAUAACUCGAAUCUCAAAGUUGAUUCCCAAAACAAAAACGUUGAUGUUGAAAAUUCCAAUAAAAAACCAUUUAAACAGCAAGGAACAUCGUCUGUUGUUGGGAGUUCUGCUCCUAAAACACCGUUAAAUCAAAAAAUAUUAGAAUUUCCUAUGUGCAAAUCACGUUAUGGAUCCGAUCGCUACGAUAAGGCUAUUAAAAAACUACAAGAAAUUGGAUACAUAACUUGGGAAGUCAACACCAUGUUUGGAGCGUUAGAAAAGUAUUUUAUUAAAAGAUUCGGAAAACGACCAAUACCUCAACAAGAUCUUAGGCGGUUUAAAAAACCUCGACUAGAUGAUGAUCAGUCUAAAGAAAAACAAUCCGAACCCGAAACCAUAUCCGGUGUUUUAGUAGACAAUGGCAAAACUUAUGUAACAUUUGAUCUUCGAGCAAACAUUGGAGAUGCCAAUCAUCCGAAUUUUCACAUUUUACCUCAAAAUAUGGAUGCACUUUAUGUCGAAUUGGUUCGAUUGUUACAAGAACAAAAGUGGAUGCCACUUCAGCCAUUUAUUGCUUGUUCCUAUAUCAAUCAAACUUUAAUGGUUGAAUGUAAAAAUGAGCAAAUAUUAACUUAUAUUGUUAAAAACAUCUCUAUGCUCAAUCGUCGAUUUACUGGAGCAGAUUUUGUGCUGAUACCACGAUCGUGUGAAAGAAAAACUAUUCUAAUUUAUAUUCCGUAUAGUUAUUUAGAUGUGGCAGUAGUAUUAGAUAUUAUUAAGAAACAAAAUAAAUUGCCUGUAGAUGAAUGGAAGGUUAAUAGCAGUGAGAAAUGGCAAGAAGGAAUAUGUUUGGAUGUUGAAGUGGAUGGUGGAAGUUAUUUGAGACUCAUACAAGAUCAAGAUGAUGUAUUCUUUUUGAUGAAAAAAGCUACGAUUAGAUUACCUCCAGAUGUUGACGAGUCCUGAACAAUAAACAAACUGAAGUAAAAAGUUGAGAAGAUACAAAUCUGGACGCUUUAGUACAAGAGGGUACCCUACAUGGAAACAUAAAAAUAGCAUAACCAAAACGAGACACAAAUUCAGAAGAACCAAAUGUCAGCGAAACUAUGGAUUUUUUAUAGUAAUAAUAUCAAUAAUUAUUUUAUGUAUAGGAUCCUUCAAUAUUUCUUUUCUAUCAAUUAUAUGCUUUUUGAAUUUGUAAGAUGAACAGUUGGUAAAAAAAAAAUAAAAAAAUAAAAUAAAAACAAAAAAUCCCCUCCAUGGGUUUCACCUUGUCGUGGUGGAGGGGCUUAAGUACUCCUCUUAAUAUAAAAAAUGUAAAAACAUACAAAAACAAAAAAGGGGCAGGAAAAACUAAGCAAACCCAAGAAAGCAAGAACCAGGAAUGCUGAAACUUGUAAAUUGACAACAGAAUUCGAACAGGGUUAUAAAAUGUUCGUAAGGUUUCUUCAAGACCAGUAAAGUUUAUUGCAAUUAACAUUGAAAUCAAGAUAUCAAAUUUAUGGAGUCGUCAUACUGAUUUAGGAGCUCUAUUAUAAAAACUUGGAUGAACGAAAUUUAAUUCAUGAGCAAACCGCAAAAUGUAUGCAGGAAACAUAAUUUUGGUUCCAUAAAGUUUGAAUUUAAGCAUCUGUUGUUAAUGAUUGUCAAAAAAAAAAAUCAAAACCCCUCCACGGGUUUCACCUUGUCGUGGUGGGGGGGCUUAAAAAACACCCUUUUGCAUUUACACAAUCAAAAGUAUGGGUGAAAUGAAAAACAAAAAACCAAGUAAACCCAACAAAUUUAUAAAAAAAACCAUGAAAAUGUCCACAAUAAGCAACAAAAAUCGAACGGGGAUAUACGUUCAAAAGUCGGCAGGUGUCACGACUGCCGGCGAUGGCUUCUCUCCUCCAAAACGAAGAGAUAAGUCGCCAGUGACAAAAAAACUAAAAAGUACAUUUAAAAGCCAUGAUGAAGACACAUCAAAUUAUCCACACACAAGUGGUCAAAGUCAAACAUACAAAUAUACAAAAACACAAAUACCCCGAAAGAGACCCUGGAAACCUCCCCGCAAACAUCAAUAUGAUGGUGGUGCAAGCAUGAGUAUGAGUGAACAUUUUUUCGAAAGUCCAGCAAUUAAAGCUGGUGUCACAGAAUUUGACAGUACAUUAUCCAGAGAAUAUAAAUUAAGAAAUCGUCAAAAAUUCGAAGAUACAUUAGAACGACAAUAUGCUAACAGAUACAUCGAUGCCCGACGAUUGAUGGGCUUAAAAGGAAAUCACAUUGAACGACGUUCUCGAUCACCAUCUCCUCCUAAAAAACUAUCUCGACAAGAUUGUGAGGAAUUUUUAGAUCUCCAUCCAGAAACUAAAGUCUCGAGAAAAAAUCGUAAAAUGCGAAAUAAAGUUACAAAAUCUAUUAAUUUAAGUAUUUUAGAUGAAAAAUAUCCAAUUGAAGCUACUUUAAUAAAUAAAUCACAUGCAUUUCUGGGAGUUGAAAAAUUACAGCAACCUGUGUUAUUGGCUGCUGUAGAGACAAUAGUACAAGAUGAACGUGUCACAUAUGGCCGAACUGAAAUCAAAAUUGGACCAUGCGAGUAUAAAAGAAAUAUCUUAACAAUUCGUUGUAAGAAUGAAGAGACUUUCAAGUUUUUAAGUGACAAUAUUCCUUUGUUUAAUCGUCUGUGGCUAGGAGCCGAUUUUGAUUUGACUAAAGAAAGAAUAUUUGUCAAACGUCACAAAAUUGGUGUUAAAUUGCCAAAUUAUGCUAUAACAUCGGAUGAAUUCUUCAAAAUAAUUGGCAAACAAAAUAAUUUUCCAACUAAAAGCUGGUCAUUGAUUCACAAGACAGAAGACUUUAAUGGAUUUAAGGCGUUAUUGGGUGUGGAUCCAGAGUCUUAUAAACGUAUGGAAGAAUCUAAUGGUUAUGUGUAUUUUUGUUUUGAAAAAAUGCGAGUACAACUAGAAGGUUGGAAAAAAUAGAAAACGAUUUUAUAUGAAACAAAAUUCAAAUUAAAACAAUGAUUACGACAAAAAUACAAUGGUUUUCUUUUAAUUCAAUUUUUGGAGAAAUACCUUACACAGUGCCUUGAUUUGGGCUUUUAACUAAACAACAAAAUCUAUGGUUCCAAGACGCUACUUAUAAGAUUAGGCAUUUAACUUAAAGUUUCAGCCAAAAAAAGCCAGUUCUAUCUUCAUAUCAUUUCCUAAAAAAAAAAACAACAAAAAAUCCCCUCCACGGGUUUCACCUUGUCGUGGUGGAGGGGCUUCAGAACACUUUGAGACAAGAAAUACAAAAAGUGUAAACAAAAAAACACAAAGUAAACCCACAAAAAAAAAAAAAUGAUAAAACUAUGACAA